AUGAAGAACCCAUUAUCGGAGGAAAAUUUGAGCCCUGUUUGUGAUGGUGGUCCAAUUAACCUAGAGGAAGAAGUGCUGGAAAAGAAUUGGGCUGCGGAUUCUGAGAAGGAUGAUUUUCAAGCUUCAGCUCAAUCUCAUUGGGCGAAUCUUAGGGAUAAGCUUCUUAUUAAUGAGGCGGCCAAUCUUCAUUAUGAGGAGCCGAUUAUGAAAAAUGGGAAGAAAGUUGCUCAAAUUGAUAUGGCUGAGAUUGCAGAACAGGCUCAAAAUUGGAGUUCUGCAGUGAUAUGUAUGGUAAUGGGAGCCAAUCCCCCAUUUGCUGUGUUUGAAGGCAUUGUGAAACGAAUAUGGGGACACCUGGGCAUUGAACGAGUUGUGAGGAUGAAUAUGGGACUCACCAUUGUCAAAUUCAAUGAUGAGGCUACUAGAGAUUUUGUUCUGGAGAAUGGCAUUGUGCAUGGGGGCACAUCUACUAGCAACAUUCCUGUGAUUAGGGAUAAUGAACAUAUUGAGGAUAGAGAAUCAGAACCUAGGAGAAGUAAGAGAACUAGAGUUGCUAAAGAUUAUGGUUCUGAUUUCUGUGUCUAUACAUUAGAGGAGGAUCCUGCUAACCUCCAAGAAGCCUUGUGCUCUUUAGAUGCUGACCUCUGGCAAGAAGCAAUAAAUGAUGAGAUGGAACUGCCUAAUCUAGGUCUUCAAUAUUGGGGAAAAAAAUUUCUCGAUGCCUUGGUUAGUACAAUCGAAAAACCAAUUAUGGUGGACAAGUUUACAAAGGAUAGGUCUAUGAUCAGAUAUGCUAGAGUUCUGGUUGAAAUGGAGAUAACUGAGGACCCUCCGUUUGUCAUUUAUUUUGUUAAUGAGAGAGGACAGGUUCAAGAACAGUUUGUUGAGUAUGAAUGGCUCCCCAUAAAAUGCAAUAAUUGCAAAGGAUUUGGUCAUAAUUUGGUUGAUUGCAAGAAAAACAGCUCUAAGGGUUGGGUAAAAAAGAGUGCGACUGAACAGGAACAUGCAGGAAACAAUGUUGUUCCUGAGAUUGCAGUUACUGAUGCUAGUUCAGGUGAUUCAACUAGAGUUCCUGUGGCUGUUAAGGAAGUGGAAGAGAAGCAUGAUGAGUCAGGGAUAGAUGUUCGAGGGGCAACUAAAGAAAAGGGACGUUCACAGGACCAUCUCUUAACACCUAAUCAGGACAACAAAGAGAAUUGGGAAAUUCUUAAGAAAGUUGGGAACUCAAAAGGGAGAAGGAAGUCUGUGAGAUAUGAUUUGGACAAUAAACAGAAUGCUUUCAAGGUUCUUCAAGAACAGAGAAAAAUAAAUAAAGUGGGAUUUUGUGCUUUAUUAGAGAAUAAAAUGAAGAAGGAUAAAGUUGAGGAUAUGAUUACUAAAUUGUUAUUUGGCUGGGAACACUAUAGUAGUAAUGUCACAGAAGGCUUGCAGACGGAUAUUGUGGUCACUUUUGUUUAUGGUCUUAACACUAUGGUUGAGAGAUUGGAUAUGUGGAGGGGUCUAUCUUCUAUUCAUGUCAUGAAAAAGCCUUGGUUGGUCGUGGGAGAUUUCGAUGUUGUGUUUAAUUUUGAUGACAGAAUGGGAGGGAAGGCGAUAAGUGCAACUGAGAUUCUUGACUCUAUUGCUUGGCUAGCCCAUUCUCAGUUGGCUUCUCUCAAGAGCAUUGGUUCUAAUUUCACCUGGUCCAAUAAGCAGGAAGGAGGGGAUAGGAUUGCUCACAGAAGGUUUAAAGAGGUAGUUAUAGAUAGUUGGCAUAAGCCUAUGGCAGUAGGGGGUUUACUGGGUGUGACUAAAAAGUUGCUUCGGCUGAAGCAUAUUUUGAAAGCUUUUAAUAGGGAGGAAAUUGGUGAUGUUGAGCAGGGAUAUCAUCAAGCUAAGGGAGACUAUCAACCAGCACUAACUAGAGCUCAAGCUUCACCAACUGAUACUACUGCUCAGGAGGCUGAAAAUAUAGCAGCAGUUCGCUAUCAAGAUCACUAUGCUAGAUACAAAAGUUUUUUUAUACAGUGCAGCAAAGUUACAUGGCUGCAGAAGGGUGAUGAUAAUAAUUCGUACUUUCAUGUGUGCAUUAAAAAAAGAAGGGAGGAGAAUCAUAUUAUUUCAUUUCUGAAUGAGCAGGGGGACAUCAUUGAUGAUUAUAACAAAGUGCUGAGUUUAAUUAGGGAAUUUAGGAAAUCUGAUGUCAAGAAGGCUUUAUUUAGCAUACCGGGCACAAAAAGUCCAGGGCUGGAUGGUUAUGGUUCAAAGUUUUACAAAGCAAUGUGGCAGCAUAUAGGUGAUGACAUAUCAGAGGCAAUCCUUGAGUUCUUUCAUUAUGGGAAGAUACCUGUUGAACUUAAUGAAACAGUGCUGGCUUUAGUCCCUAAAACUGAUAUGCCUAGCAAGGUUUUUGAUGACUUCUGCAGCAGUACAGGAAUGAAGGCUAAUCUCAAAGCAACUUUCAUCUCACUUCCUGGUCCACUGUCUGCUUGCCAAAAACUUUUGGAGGAUUGGGUUUCGGUGAGGGAGCUAAGUGGAACAAGGCAAUGCUUGGCAAAUACGUUUGGGCUAUUAGUCACCAACAGGAGACUCUGUGGGUGA